GGCAAAGUCGAUGUGCUUCUCUUUAAUCCUCCCUAUGUACCAACAGAGGAUGAUCCUCAGAACGAUCUCGAACGAUGCUGGGCUGGUGGACCAAGUGGUCGUGGAGCGGUUGAUCGUCUACUGCCUCGGAUACCUAAGCUGCUUUCCGACAAAGGCGUGUUCUAUCUGGUAGCCUUGCACGCGAAUGACGUACCAGCACUACUGAAUUCGUGCCCUAGUCUCAUCGGAUCCAUCGCUAUGGAACGGCGAUGUGGCAUAGAACACCUAUAUAUUAUCAAGUAUAUUCGAAAAACAGCGUAG